AUGCCCAGAGGCACUCGAUGGCGUCCGCCUCCGUCCCCGGCCGAGUCUAGGCUGCAAGGACCACAAGGCAAGGCGAUGCCCGGAGAGCCGCUGCUUAUAGGAGUCGACGCAUCCAGGCCUGAUGUGUUUGUUGGCAUCACCGGCCGCGUCUUCAGCUGA